AUGUUCCUGCGUGCAAGAAAAGAUCUGUCGCCAGAGCGAUUUUCCAGCUGCUUGAUGGAACUUCACGGCUCCAAUCCACAGCUAGCGUUCCCAUGCCUUGAUCGGUUGGAACAAAAAACAAAAGAAUUGGCAGAUGCAGCAGGAACUUCGGAAUCUUCUAGUGUCUCGGUAGCAUCUUCAGAAUCAUGUAUCACAGAGGUAUCUUCUUUGGAGUCUGGCCCGGAGCCGGCAUAUUCCAGAGUGUCGUCUGGGUUUGGGCUCUAUAGGAACAAGAACCCGACUUUUUUUGAUAACGGCGGAUAUCUUCCUGAAUACCAGAUUGCCUAUGAGUCUUGGGGUACUCUCUCUCCUAAUAAGGAUAAUCUUGUUCUUAUUCACACAGGUCUUUCGGCAUCGUCGCAUGCUAAGUCUCAGCCUAAAAAUACCAAGAACGGAUGGUGGGAAAACUUUAUUGGAUCCGGGAAAUACAUCGAUACGGACAAAUACUUUGUCGUGUGCACCAAUGUGUUGGGGGGCUGCUAUGGAUCUACGGGCCCAUCCUCGAAAGACCCAGCUAAUAAUGAUUAUUAUGCCACAAGAUUCCCUAUAGUUACAGUCAACGAUAUGGUGCGUGCUCAAAGAGAACUUGUUCGGGAUGUCUUUGGAGUGAAAAAACUUCACGCUUCAGUAGGCGCCUCGAUGGGGGGAAUGCAAUCACUUGCUUACGCUUGGGAGUUUCCAGAUGAAGUGGAAAAUGUGAUUAGUAUAAGCGGUUGUGCUAGAUCGCAUCCAUAUUCGAUUGCGCUACGCCACACACAAAGACAAGUUCUCAUGAGUGAUCCCAACUGGAAUCGUGGUUUCUAUUAUGAGAAAGUGCCACCGCAUAUCGGAAUGAAACUUGCACGCGAAAUUGCCACUGUGACUUAUAGAUCGGGACCUGAAUGGGAGUCCAGAUUUGGUAGGAGUAGAGCGGAUGACAGCAAGCCUGUGGCGUUCUGCCCUGAUUUUCUCGUUGAGACCUAUUUAGAUCAUGCUGGAGAGAAGUUCUGCUUGGAGUACGAUGCAAACUCUCUUCUCUAUGUUUCUAAAGCCAUGGAUUUGUUUGAUUUGGGAUUGGCAAAUCGAGCCAGGGCCCAGGCAAGCAGGGUCCAGGCUGAGCGGGCUUUCAAAGAAAAGCAAGAUGAUGAGUCGGCAGGCAAGGUUGACAAGACAAACGUCCCUGACGAACCAUACCAAGAAAAGAACACUGCUAACAUUUCGGAAGAAGAAUCUCUCAAGGAUCUUGAGGACGGAUUAAAGAAAAUCUCUCACAAGAACAUCUUAGUUGUUGGUGUUGAAUCUGAUAUUCUCUUCCCGGUUUGGCAGCAACGGGAAAUUGCAUCGCUGCUCCGAAAAACAAGUCCUCACAAGAACAACAUCGAGUACUUCGAGAUGGGCACAGACGUCAGCAACUAUGGGCACGACACCUUCUUGUUGAGCUUGGACGACUUCGGCCCACAUGUUAAGAACUUUCUUGCUAAGUAG